AUGGCUCUUCAUCGUGCCCUCAUUCUUUUGAGUCUUUGGCUAGGCCUUGCUGCUGCUCUCAAUGGCCAUAUUCUCGAACGAUCCGAUUCCCAUAAACCUCUCCCACCCAGUCGAGACCCAUGGUAUACCGCCCCUAAAGGCUAUGAGCAUAAAGAGCCCGGCACUGUUCUUCGUGUACGUCGUGCGCCGGGCAACUUGACUCGCCUCACUGGAAACAGCUCUGCCACGUAUAAUAUUCUUUACCGCACUACAGACAGCCAUUACAAGCCAACAUGGGCCGUCACGACGCUCUUUGUGCCUAAGCUUGGGGAGAACAGCACUGCUGCCAUGAUGUUCAACCAGAGCGCUUUGCUCUCGUACCAGGUUCCAUAUGAUUCAGCGGAUGUGGAUGCUAGUCCCAGUUACGCAGCUUACGCUCCAUAUGCUGACAGCAGUCUCGCGCUUAUCAAUGAUGCUUUAGGCCUGGGCGUGUUUCUUAGCCUUCCUGACUACGAAGGUCCUCUUGCAUCCUUCACAGCAGGUGUCAUGUCCGGCCAUGCAACUCUCGACUCAAUUCGUGCUGUUCUCUCUCUCAAUCUGGGUCUCAACAAGAAGGACCCUCGCGUUGCGCUUUGGGGAUACUCUGGUGGCGCGUUGGCCAGCGAGUGGGCUUCUGAACUUGCUGUGCAGUAUGCGCCUGAUCUUCAAGACACGGUCGUUGGGGCUGCAAUUGGUGGCGUGACACCAAACAUUACCGCUGCCUUGCUUUCUAUAUCCGGAAAAGAAUCUGCUGGUCUUGUACCAAGCGCCAUUCUCGGUCUAAUUAGUCAGUAUCCUGACGCGCGGAAGUACGUUCUCUCGCAAUUGAAGACGUCCGGAAAAUACAACAAGACUGCCUUCCUGGCUGCCAAGAAAUACACCGUUUUCGAAGCAGGCGAUGCAUUUGCCGGGGUCAACAUCUUCGAUUACUUCAAGGACGGCGAUAAAAUCUUACGUAGUCCUCACAUUCAGCACGUCAUCAACCGCGAUGGAAUAAUGGGCUAUCACGGCGUCCCCCCAUGGCCCAUCUUUGCAUACCAGGCUAUCCAUGAUGAGAUCAGCCCUAUUGCCAACACAGAUAAGCUCGUUGAGCGAUACUGCGCUGUCGGCGCCAAUAUUCUGUAUCAGCGAAACACUUUUGGCACGCACUCGGAGAACUUUGUGCUGGGUAGUGCUGCGGCUGUUCAGUGGUUGGCUUUUGCUUUGCUUGGACUGAAUGACAAGGCCGAGGGAUGUACUAUCAAGAAUGUCACGACGAAUAGUACCGAUCUGUCGUUGAGGAAGAGAGGUAUGCCUUUGAGGGUUUAUGAUUUGUGGUGA